AAACGGUUUAUCACUGGACGCCUUUCGACGCCGAGCGAUUUGGAGCGAUUGACUCUCGAGUUCUUGCGGUCGACCGAGGAUAGUCGAGGACGAUAUCUGAAAGGGAAGAAAAAAAGACUCGAACGAACAAACAAGCGUGAUAGCGCGCCACGUAAAAUCUCGUCGCAAGCAGCGACGGUAAUUAAGUUUCCAUUAAUUCUGAUUAGUUCCCACGAAGUAACCUUGCAGCGGGCAGAGUGACAAGCAAAUUUUUCAUGACUUAAUGCAAAGCAAUUCCUUAACAGUUUGUUUGUUUGAUGUAUUGCUCAAUUCUUCAGAUACUGAGUGUAAAAGUAUGAUCCCCGCAGAGAGAGAUCCCUGCUGCGAAUGUAUGAUGGAUAUAUAGUCUGAAAUCGCCAGGUAAUUUUAUGUUGACCAGCACAGGAGGAACAUAUCGUGAAAAUGAGUGAGAUUACUCCAAUGAAUGAUGUACCUGAGAGCAAUGGUACGAUGGAGCAGCCUGCUUAUAAUGGUGAAAUAGAGGAACACGCUGUCAAAUCUCCAGUAAGUACAGAAGAGAAAGCACCAGAUUCAGUAUGCGAUAAUGGUGUAAAGAGAAGUGCCACCGCCACUGGUAAUACGCCAAAUAGAACGAAGAAACGUAAAAAAGCCCCGAGAGACGCCACUGCGCCAAGACAGCCUCUGAGUGGUUACUUUCUGUUUUUAAACGAUCGGAGAGAGAAAGUUCGAAAUCAGAAUCCAAGUUUAACGUUCACAGAAAUCACGAAGCUUCUGGCUGCAGAAUGGAGUAAAUUGCCAAUUGAUCAGAAGCAGCGUUAUUUGGAUGCAGCUGAACAAGACAAAGAGCGCUACAAUCGCGAGUUUAGUGAUUAUAAGCAAACAGAAGCAUACAGGUUGUUUAAUGAAAAACAAUCGGAGAGACAAAAUGAAAAUAAGAAGGAAAGAAACGGCACAGAUAUAAACACUGAACAGAAUGAUAAGGACAAUGACUUUACAGGCUUUGACAUCCCUAUUUUUACAGAAGAAUUUCUAGAUCAUAACAAAGCUUGUGAGGCUGAAUUAAGACAAUUGCGAAAAGCUACAUCUGACUACGAAGCUCAGAAUGCGGUUCUUCAGCGACACGUGGACAGUCUGCACGCAGCGGUGAAUCGCUUGGAGUCCGAAACUAAUCAACAACGAACGACUAAUCAAGCUCUGCAGCGUCAUUUGGAUUCUCUUCGUUCUCAAUUAGCAGGCUGCUUCGCCACUAUACCGCUUCCAGGCACACAUGACGGUGCUACGUUACAAAAUAUCGACAGUUAUUUUGAGAGACUGGAGUCUCUAUUAAGCAGCAACGCUGAACAAAAUCUACGUAACGCCGUACGUAGUGCUGUGUCUCGUCUCGAAUUAGUUGGAUGACGAUCGCCUCCGGGCAAUACAACCAGUGCGUCGUUGAAACAUCAUCGUUCGAGGCAUUCACAUCGAAAGUAGCGAGGAAAAGUUUAGGUGUGUUGUUUUUAGCGGUUUGUAAAAAAAUCCCAUGUUAUAUCUUACAAUAAGAUCGAUGAUUGCCAGUUAUUUAUGAGUGAGUUUAUGUGUGUAUUGUAUUUAAUUAUUUGUGGUAUUUUUAGUAUAUGAGACAAUAAUUUACACUUUAUAUACUUAUUUUAAUCAAAAUUGAGUUAUAAAUAUAAUGAUGAUUUCAUCAACUUAUGUAUCUUAA